AUGGAGGAUACUGCAGUCUUCAGCAAUUCCUUGCCAGAGCAUAAGGAUCACAUGGGAAUGGUGUGGAAGAGCAAGAUCAUUGUCGUCCUGGGAGUCCAUGAUAUUACCAAACAGGAACAGAGCCGACAAGUGAUCCCUGUGGCGCGAGACCCAAGCGAUUAUUUCACCAACUUGUACACGACCUUCUACCGGGACGAGGGCGCCUGCCGGGCCCUGCUGGAGAACAGCCGCGCUGUGGACUGGGGCCAGGCCUUCCAGAUACAGGGGCUGCAGGAUGGGGUAUACGAGACCAUCAGGGACAUCACCAGGGCCAGGGGGCUUGAGAUGGAGACGUAUCCGCACCGGCUGCUGUUGCACCCAGACCCACCUGCCAUGCCCCAGUACCGGCCUGACAAGGGGCUCAGGCUGGCCCCCGUGUCCCCCGCCCACGCCAUGCUGCUCAGAGACACCUGGAACUUUGGGGGGAACAGCCGGAGCCUGCGCUACCUGUGCCUCCUGAUCCGCCACUUCCCCAACGCCUGCCUGCUGGCCCCUGAGGGGACCCCCAUCUCCUGGUCCCUCACUGACCAGCUGGCUGCCCUGACACACGGUUACACCCUCCCGGAGCAUCGCGGCCAGCACCACAUGAAGCUCGUGGUGGGGAUGCUGGCGGCACAGUUGCAUGCCCGCGGCUUCCCUGUAUACACCCGAGUGCUGCCCCACAACGAGCCUUCACUGCACACCCUGCAACGCCUCGGCUUCCACAUCCUGCCUGGGGUGUUCUCCCGGCUGGUGGUGAGGCCUGGGUUCACCCAGUCCCAGCCAGCCAGUGCCCGGGACUCGGCCCAGGACCCUGCGCCAAGCUCUGGGGAACGGCGACACGCCCAAUAG